AUGGUGGAAGGCGCUAUAGCGACAGUGGCUUGGAGCGCCGCGCGCCUCGUUUGUGUCAAGAGCUUCGACUAUAUCCAGACCUACAGACGGCAUCUCAAGGCCAAGUCAAACGCAGCGGCUGCAAGGGGCCUGAAUUCCAUCCCGUGGAACACUGAACAUGGAGCUGAUGGCCCGCCGGCUCCGUGCCCCAACGACGAGAGAAAGUUGCUUGAGGAGCUCGAAGUGGCUGCCAGCGCCGGAGCAAGAGACCGUCGUAAGAUUUACGAAGAGAUUCAACGUUUGGGCCACAAGUUCGACCAUAUGACCCGAAAAACCCUGUCCGACAAGCUAGUGGGCGCGACGAAGAACCUGUUCGAGUACCACCAGACUCACCGCACGUCCUUACUCGAUAUCGCCCACAACCAGGCUCUCGAGGUCGAAAGGAGCAACGAGUCACUUGUGCUGCCUUUGAGAGCGCUGAGCACUCGGACCUCGAUCAUAUACCUACGGGUCUUGUCCGAGGGCGACAAGACACCGGAAACGAAGAAGAAGGCCAAGAAGGAGUGCAUAGACGUGAUAAAGUCCACUUUGUCGGGAUGUGCGCCGGCACAUCUUAAGCCCACGUGCCUGAGGUUCCUGUUAUCUCGGAACUCGGCAGACGACAUGCAGCAAACUGAACAAGUGGACGAUGAGACGGCGGAUGCUUUCGACACCAUUCUGGAGGUCAUGUCUAGUGUGCACGUGUUGGAACCCUUCGAGGAGUCGGAGAGUCCUUUGCUGGCAGAAGGUGUGCCUGACGUCGUCCUCCAUGCCUUGUCGGCCUACUGCAAGAGCGAGCCGGACUCCUCCCGUGACUACCCAGACAUUGUGGACGCUCUGAAACAGUGGAAGCCCAGAGCAGAGCGGGUGGAUUCGUUGGCUUUGCUCCCUUUGUACGCGGCCACGAACGGACCGGGGUGGGCAUGCAACAAGGGCUGGGAUGGCGAUAGCCUCUUCGAAGGACCAUUCUCGUCCCUGUUCGGGGUUUCUACGUCGGAAGAGGGGAGGGUCACCAAGAUUGCACUCGGCAGCAAUAACUUGUCCGGCCACCUCCCCCCCCAGCUGGACAAGAUGGAUCGCCUAGAGGAGAUAGCUCUACCGGGAAACAAGCUAGUCGGUGAGGUACCACAAGAGUUGUGGCGCCUCCCUGAGCUUCAAGUUGUGGCGCUUCAGGACAACAGUAUCUCAGCUACGCCUCCAGAUGACUCCGGAUUCAGGCCAGCAUCACAGGCAUCACCCGAAGGAGCCACUACUGGGGGCACGUACGAAGAGCCUCCUAGGCAGCGUGGGGGUCUUGCGGCCACGGUGGAAGCGUGUCACUCUGACAAAAUCUAUGUUUGCCCCGGAGAAGUCUUUAUGUGCUCAUGGAAGAUAACCAACACGGGCGGUGACCCCUUCCCGAAGGGAACCGAGCUGAUCAAGGCCAAAAGUUACAAUAACAGGGAGAGCUUCACGGCCGGAGACAACAAAGUGAUGGUAAACCUACUUCAGCCCGGAAAGCAACAAAACGUCAGCGUUAUGCAACGAGCGCCCGACCACGCAACCGUCGGAUCGGAGCAGUGGGCGCUUGUUGGCGUUUGUGGUAGUCUCGACUUCGAAGGCGACCAAGUGAAAACAUGCUCACGGAUCUAUGUCCAGGAUCAAUUCGAUGACGGUUGCGAGGAGAGCGCCGGGGGUGGCAAAAGCUCGUCCCCACCAAAGACGAUCGGCGUGCUUAUUCGCUAA